AUGGCAGCUGAUGAAAAGCCUGGUGUUAAGAGCAGUACCUCCAUUGUGCCAUGCUUCCUUUUUGUGGAGCUGGUGAUCAUGGCAGGAACGGUUCUCCUGGCGUACUACUUUGAGUACACGGACACCUUCCCCGUGCAUGUCCAAGGUUUCUUCUGCUACGACAAGAUGUUUUCCAAGCCUUACCCAGGACCAGAGGAGAACAGCAAAGUGCCACCUGUCCUCGUCUACUCGCUGGUUACUGCUAUCCCUACCAUAACGAUUCUGGCUGGAGAGUUGAUGGCAUUCUUCAUAAAGUCAGAGGGUACACAAGAGAAGACAAUUGUCACGGCAGACUGCUGCUACUUCAGUCCUUUGCUGAGACGCAUCAUACGCUUCCUAGGUGUCUACUCCUUUGGCCUCUUCACCACCACUAUCUUUGCCAAUGCUGGACAGGUGGUCACAGGAAACCAGACACCUCACUUCUUGUCAGCAUGUCGGCCUAACUACACAGCUCUGGGCUGCCACUCCAAUCUCCAGUAUAUCACAGAGCGUCGAGCUUGCACAGGGAAUCCACUCAUAGUGGCAUCUGCCCGUAAAUCCUUCCCCUCAAAGGAUGCAGCACUGAGCGUCUACUCUGCUGUCUACACCGUGAUGUACGUAACACUGGUGUUCAGGACAAAGGGAACACGUCUGACAAAGCCGACAGUCAGUCUGACCCUGCUGUGUCUGGCCAUGCUGGUAGGAGUAGUGAGGGUGGCUGAGUACCGCAAUCACUGGGCUGAUGUCCUUGCUGGGUACUUCACUGGCGGAGCCAUUGCUGUGUUUUUGGUGACCUGCGUGAUCAACAACUUCCAGCAAGCAAAGCCCUCUCCUCCACCCAUGCGUCCCCAGCGUCCUGAAUCCAUGAUGGGCAUGCCCAUGGUGGCUCUGCCUUGUGUGGAGAGUCCACUCGAAAAACUCCAGGGGGAUCUCCAUUCACUGAGAUCACAUGACCAUCAGCCCUAUCGGUUCCCCGCCACCCCCGAUGUCCUCAUACCGUCUCGCUCCAUUUCCAGCGAAGUCUAG